UUCAAAAGACAACUCAAGCAUAUAUAAAUCAUCUCAUAUCAUCACCAUCAUCAACAACAUUCCCUUUCUUUCCUCCUAAUUUUCUCAGUCAUAUACACAUUUUCUUGGAAAAUAUAAAUUCACAUAUAUGGAGAUCCAAUUUCAAAGUAGCAUGAUGGCAAAGAAAAAAGGAAGAAUAAACAAGAGAAAUAUGAAUAGUUAUAAUAACAAUAAGAAGUUUGUUGGAGUUAGACAAAGACCUUCUGGAAGAUGGGUAGCGGAAAUCAAAGAUACAAUACAAAAAAUUAGGAUGUGGCUUGGUACCUAUGAAACCGCCGAAGAGGCUGCUAGGGCUUACGAUGAAGCUGCUUGUCUUCUUCGUGGAUCCAACACUCGUACCAACUUCAUCACUCGUGUCUCUAUGGAUUCUCCUCUCGCUUCUCGAAUCAAGAAUCUCCUCAACAACAAUAAGAAAAAUAGUAAUAAUGAGAACAACGAUGCUCAACCAAAACAACAGAACUUUAAUACUAGUACUACUGUUACUGCCAGUAAUACUAGUACUAGUAGUUCUACAAUAACUAGUACUGUCACCAGUACUAGUUAUGAUUCUUCUAAUUUCUCUAGUGAAGUUCUUCGAGAUCAAGAACACGAUAUUCGCUCGAAUAAUCAUCACCAUCACAAUAAUUUGUUUGAGGAUGCAUACAAACCGGACUUAAGUACUACAUGUACAUGGGGAAUUGAUGGGUUUGAUCAAUUUUCAUUUGCCAUAACAGGUGAUGAUCAUCAGUUUGAUUUAUCAAAUAAUAUUGAGAAUAUUAAGAAUGUGGAUAGUGAAACAAAAGGAAUUGAUGAAUUUAUGGAGUUUGAAAGGAUGAAAGUAGAGAGGCAAAUUUCAGCUUCACUAUAUGCAAUGAAUGGAGUUCAUGAGUACAUGGAAGCUCUUCAUCAUGAUCUUGAUGAUGCUCUUUGGGAUCUUCCUCCUCUAUGCUCACUACUUUGUUAGUUAGAUUAUUAUUAUUGUUGGUUUUUGUUUAUCCUCUUAAUAUCUAUAUAUAAUUCCAUCAAAGUCUACUUUUACUACUUUUUUUUGUUUCAAUUUUCUUCCUUUAUACAUUUAUAUACAUAGCUAUUAUUGUAGUGUUUAUCUAGAG